CGUACCCCUCCUCUUCUUCCAUCACGUACAAACACACCCCCGCACGCUCUGUUCCACAUUAAACACGACAAGGGGGAGCGUUUUGAGGUGAAGCUGAGAUGUAACGCAUCCGAGACAGGAGAUCGACGCAUGGAGGCGCCCCAGCAGGUGCGGCGAGCUGCAGUACACAUUCGCCUCCUCCUCUUACGCCAUCGCCGCCCAUUUCAUCUGAUCAAUUGCACGGUAAACCGGUUUUGUUGAAAUGUCACACUGAAUGGAGGGCAUUGAAGUUCCAUUAAGAUGACCCGGACACAUCCUCCUGAUAUCCUGACAUCAACUCUUUACCAGGACAUUCCUUUAUAUCCAACCACCGAACACGUCAGUUCUGCUCACUCUUCAUUGCAGUGUGACUUGAAGAUGAUUGAUAAAGCAGAAAUCAUUAACAAAAGACACUGCCGCAGCUUUGAUUUUCUUGAAUCACUGGACGACCCACAGUCUGCGUCUUCCCCAAUGGAGUAUCCUUUUAAGCGUCCAGAACAGCAGACAUUACAGAAAGAUCUAACAUGGAAUGGACUGGAUCAACCAGGAUAUCUUCGCUUCUCAUCUCCAGAUUUGUUUAACGCCAGGCAAAUCCAACAACAGACCAGUCAAGACAAAACCAGCCACCUCACAUGGUCGGAUUCUGUAAAUAGAAAAAGAUCUCGAAGUGCUCCCAGAAUCAAAUCGACUCUUACUCCUGUGCCCAUCUCUGUGACUCCUCUGGAGGCCAACCAAGCCAAGGUCUCUCCAGACACUUUGAGGUCCUCUGAAACACAAAGAGAAGCACAUUCCUCCAACAAAGCAUUUUUGAACGAGGUCCACCCUAUUAAACUGCAACCUAAUUCUCCCCUGUAUGUCUCUGAUUGUUUUAAUGAGGGUAAAUCAGAAACAACAACCGCAACGCCUCAUGUCAGGUGCCGUGUGGACAUUAAACCGGAUGCUGCUGUGCUCCAACACACAUCUAGACAGGUCCCCAAUCUACGGCCUGAACGACUCGCUUGGCAAAGAUUCUCACAGGCUAGUAGCAGUCGAGGUUUGUAUGUACCACGGCAGAUUUCCUCACCAACACCAACUCCAAGUGAAUGCUACAAUGGAGAUUUCCGACCAGGAUAUCACUACGCUACAAGCAUGUCUCCUGUUUCUUACCAGCAUCAAGACAUGUACCGAAUGCCAUCACAAACAGCAAUGUAUCUAAAUCAAGAACAAAGAGCUUACUCAAACCCAAACAUCCCAACAAAGUUCUUCUACACAGAGGACCCAGUUCGCUAUCCGGUUCAUCCCUAUACAAGGGCAUACUUUCAGGAUGAUAGAUCCAGUUUAGCCAGCCGAGGAAGUACUAUGACGAGUCAGUAUGAUCCAAGGAAUCGAUGGGUACACACACUUCCCCUCAGGUCAUAUUUCGCAGAUACAAACCAAGAGCCAUCACACUCUGUAUAUAGUACACCCUACCCUAUGAGUGAGGCAGGGUCCUGCUUUUCUCAAACCCCAUCAAGCACUUACUUUGGGGAUGACCCCCGUUUCAAUCCAUACCACCAAAGUUGCUCGAAUUUAUAUUAUAACAAGCCGCUUAAUUCUCCUGAGGAUCGGUACUUUCCAUCAAGGCAAUAUCACACAGAAGGCAGGAGGCGCCCGCGAAUGUCACAGGCUUUUUCAGAUGAUUGGUAUCGCUCAAGUAUAUCUGGUUAUUCCAACCAGUCUUCUCAGCUCACUCCACCAAGAGUCAGGGUUGACACUGGUAUGGCCCCUUGGUAUUCUACCUACGGCACAGAGACAAGUAGACUUAGGACAGAGGCCAAAAACCACUCCAAGUCUUGGGACAAUAUUCUUUACCCUCGCCAUGACAAAGACCAAUCGGUGCUUCGUGGAAGAAGCUAUGAGAACCUAUUUUAUCAAGGAAGGCACGGGGCAUCUCCCAAUGUCUCAUCUCAACCCGUUAUCCUGAACCUUUCAAGUUCUCCAAAGCGCUAUGCUGCCCUGUCUCUCUCUGAGACGUCUUUAGAGCGAGGUCCAAGCAAUCCGUGGAAGACUAGCAAGAGUGGCCACUGGUUUGUGACUCCUGAGAUCACCAUAACUGACAACGACAUAUGUGCAGGCAACCGUGAGCCGCGUGGUGUGCACGCUGUCAACUGGAAUACGCUGGACAGUGAAAAGAAAUUUGCGCCGAGAGUCAUUGAUGUUAAGAAGUCAUUCAGCGCAGCAGAAAUGACCAAAGAAAAGAAACGUAACAAUGUCUCCCUUCAGCAGAGUUUGGAGCAACUUGAUGAGUUGUUAGCUGACCUAGUGGUUGAUUACAAGCCACCAACCAGCAGGAAGCCUAGUGGGGACUUUCUGGAUCAGCUUAAACAACUGAUUACUGAAGAUGAUGAAAAGGUCAGGGGAUCUUCUGAGAUUGAAAAUCUUGAAUGUCUGAACACGCAGCUCCCAUCUUCUAAAUCCAGCCCCGACACUAUCAAAGACCCCGAUAGUGGGUGUGAUGCUUUACAAAGAAGUGCAGAAGAGUGCUCUCCAGACCACAGCGUGGAGGAAGAAGAAACCAUGGUGUGUGCUAACAAGAAGUGCAAACGUUCUGAAAAUAUGUUCAAUGCAUGCUUGUACUUCAAAUCAUGUCAUAGCUGCUACACCUUUUAUUGCUCCCGAAACUGUCGCAGGGAUGACUGGGAGUCCCACAAGGAGACCUGUGUGUACGGCCGCUUGAGCAGCGUGUGUCGGCACACCAUCAAGUUCUGCAGAGAAAAGUCCGAGAUUCACAAAGCCUUCUCUCGCAUUGCUAAAGCUGGUUACCUCUCCAGAGGCAGAGGUGUCCUCUUUUUGGGUUUUGCCAAUCCAGAGUCGGCUGAUAACUUUCUCCAAGUUGGGCUUGAGGGCCUCGUCAUGUCUCCCACCUAUCUGUCUCUCAGAGAGCUGGAUGGCUUUAAGGACAACUUGGGUGGAUACUGUAAGGAAUUGCAGCAGGCGGGUAACGAGUAUGACCCCAGUGAAUGUUUCCUCUUGAAUGUAUCUGUAGCCGUUGGUGAACUAGUGCCUAACAGACCCUCGCCAAGGGUCCAAACACCAACGGUUCGAAAAUAUGCAAAGGUUUCCUUGGCUUCUUCAAGUCCAGAAAAAAAGCUACUGAAGAAGGAUAGUGAAAUGGAAACUCUCAUCCUUACUCCGCCUCCGGGAACGCCAGCCAUUGACCAGGAGGGGGAGGAGGGAAGGAAAGCCAGGGAGGUGUGCUUUGUCAACAUUCAGCGUGAGCUCAGGAUCAGAGGUGUCUUCCUUCGACACGAGUACCCCAAAAUCUAUAAUCAGCUAUGUGAGUUUGUUGAGAGUAACAAAAGGUUCACCCCGACAACCAUUUACCCAUUAGAUAAGAGAACAGGGAAACAGUUUAUGUGUAUGAUUAUGGCGGCAUCAGAGCCGAGAACAUUAGACUGGGUGGACACCCCCCAUCUCUUGGAUGAUAUUAUUUAGGACAGCACAGGAAAGGAAUGAUAAUGAUGUCAGUUACACAAAAUGUAAAUGCUGUAAAUACAUUUCAAUAGGAAAUUGGAACAUUGCAUAUGGCCAAUUUCCCUCCUGUUUCACUGACCUUUAGCACACUGACACUGACCUAUGCUAAACACAUGCACACAAAUAUUCAACUCUUGCUUUGAUUCUCUUGCUCUCAAAGAACUUUAUAGACUGCAUGCAAACUGGACACACAGCAGUCCAUGUGUUGGAAAGUGUAUGAAUUAUUCAGUUUCUCUUCAAUGCGAUAGACAUAAUGUACAAAGCACACAAAAUUUCUCGUAUCCCAUUUGCACAUCGUUUUGCCUCCACAUAUUAGUCACAAAUAUUCCUCAAAAUUGCCCCCCCAAACAAAUAUAUCUAGAAUUUCUGUUAUACCCUGUAACAGUAACAUUACAACAGGUGACUUGUAGGUGAGAGUAUAUUCAUUUAGUAAACUGUAUUUGUGUGGAUAUUUUUAUAAGAGUCUUUUAGUUAUUGUUUG